AUGCAAGACUGUUCCCAAGCGCUGGCCGCUCUUCCACAGGCAGACCGGUUCUACAGGUAUUAUAUCGAGCAGCAACUCGAGACCGCCCCUCCAGAAUCCGACUGGCAAGGCUGGACCGAUGAGCGCCCGAGUUCUUUCAGAAUGAAAUUAGUCCAGAUUCCUAAGUUCUGGAGCUACGGAUCGUGCAACCUCGCCCUCCUGAGCUAUGUCGAGGGCAAUUCCAAGACGGCGCUCUCACUUUCGCGAUGGGCAGAUAUUUACCUCGUGGGAUAUUCCCUCGUGCAAGCAUGCCUCAACCUUCAUUCGCAAGGCGGUGCCGGCACGGUUAUUGGUACCUAUGGCCAACCUGUGCUUACCAUGUUCCUCUGGCAGAAUGGGGCCAUCUUCGAAAAUAUGAUUAACAAGUACAUGAGCGCAUCAUUUUCUGCAGGCAUUGAUCCCACAAAUCCAGCAAUAUUGAAGGUGUUCGGCCCUGUUGAUGGCAGCGUGGACACCUCUAAUGGCACGUUACCAGAAGGCAUCAAUCUCAGUCACCCAGCUUCAUUGAUAUCUCCAAAUUUUCUGAACAAUAUUUCAGGUCUGUCUCACAACACAACCAUUGGCACACCAUCAACAGACACUUAUUGA